GACUCCAGUUGAUGCUGAGAAUUCACAGGUUUGCCAUAGAGCAUUUAGGCUCAAGCUGCCUCUGCCUUGGCGCGCGAAACCAUGACCUUCCUGACUUUCCAGUGGGAGCAGGAUUGGAUGAGGGCAAAGCCAUCCACCCGUGGUGGAAACGCCCGUCAGCGCGCACGGCGGUCUCAACCACCCCGAUGCCGCAUACUUCAGGUUCGAGCUCGGUUCGGGAGUUUGCCGGAAGUGACAGAGGAUGUGCUCCCAGCGCGUUUGGUCGAGGAGUUCUCCUCGGCCACCUGCAUGCAGCGGAGGCGUGCUUACGCCUUGCUGCCGCAGGUGAAGGAGCCGGAGGAGGAAGAGGUUGAGCUGGACGCAGGAGGCUGCUCCUUUGGCAAGGCCAAAGGACAGCUGAAUGCGGACAGCUUCUUCCACUCCGCUCACAGCGUAGGGGCCGCUGAUGGCGUGUCGCAGUGGUUGCGCUUCGGCAUCAACUGCCGCGCCUUCAGCGAUGAGCUCAUGCAGGGGUGCCAGGAUCACUUGUUGAGCUCAACCUGCGAUUGCCCAAAGCGGCAAUGCCUCGAAGCACUUACGGCAUCCUUCCACGAGGUGCAAUCCUUUGGCAGCGCGACAGUUGUGAUAGCUACGCUGAUCAGACAGCAUUUGGGCAUCGCAGCCCUGGGCGAUGCGGCUCUCAUGCUGUUGCGCUGGGGAGCAGACGACCUGGCCUUUGUAGUUUGCCAAACAACAGAGCAGCAGUACCGUUUCAACGUUCCGUACCAGCUCGCUCACGUGCCGCAAGAGAUCAAGGAGAGGGUGGCACGAGCACGGCGGAUCAAAGGGAAGAAGGGGACUGGCAAGCUUUCGAACGUGCCGGAGGACGCAGAGCUGAUGCAAGUGGUCGUCCAGCCGGGUGAUUUGCUGAUCCUCGGCCCCUUGGGUAUGGCGGGUCGAAGAUGGUGUCGUCGGCGGUUCGAGCCAAUGUCAAUGGUGUCCGUUCGUUGCCGAACGAGGCUUUGGAGGGUCUAUAGAAUUUCUGUGAUGUCGGCGAUGGAGCGUUUUUCAGCGAAGGUGAAGUGUCUGAGCGAAGGUCGUUGUCUCGUGAGCUCUAGGCACGGAUGGCCUUUUUGACAAUCUCUGGCAGCAUGAGGCGGUGGAAAUCCAGUGCGAUGAAGUUUCAAAUAGAUAAAUUAUGAUAAAUUGUGUAGAGCAAAUCUUCAUUUUUCUGUACAUUAGGUGAUAUAAGGUGAGAUUCAGCAAGGCAAAGCCGUAAAUACAACGGGCGAGUGCCUCCUUUGUGCUUUGUAGUUUGCGUUUCGCAAACCUUCCCUGCAAGUUAUUUCUGGGGCAUGAUCCAUCGAGAAGUUCACCCUUUCC